UGUCAGGAUUUUGUUACCAGGAAGUGGGUCGAGUUAUUUAUAUUUCAACACUCGUCCUCUCGUACCCGAGGGAGAACCAGUGGUAGUAACCUGAAACCAUGUAUGUUCAAACAUUGUCUGGUUCUGGAUGCAUCAAACUGGAGGGAAGAACAAUUAGCUUCAUGUUGAGGACCGCUGAAGACCAAGAACAAGAUAUCGAUAGAUGUAAAUAAUGUAAAAACAGCAGCGAGAGAGAUUCAACAUUGGCAGAGGUGUUGGGAUGAAGCUCCAUGAGAAGCUUUUGACCCAUUACCUUUCAUGCACCUCUCCGGUAGAUAAACAGGGAUAUCUCGACAAAAAGAAAGAGAGAAAUGCCACCUACCAUCGGCGCUGGUUCGUCCUGAAGGCCAACCUGCUCUUCUACCAGGAGCGUCCUGCCGACCGACACCUGCUGGGUGUCAUCGUGCUGGAGGGGUGUGCAGUCCGGCGCUCAGAGUCCGGGGUACAGUUUGCCUUUUCCCUGGUGUUCGAAGGGCCGGGACUCAAAACCUACAGAUUUGUAGCAGGGGAUGGUCAGGCUCAAGACAGCUGGGUGAAAGCUCUGCUCUCAGCCAGCUACUGUUACCUCUCCCUGCUGGUGAGGGACCUGGGGAGGCAGUAUGAAGAAGCUAAACAGCAACAAGGCUCUGGAGAGUCCUGUCACGGCUCCUUCAUCAAACAGACCACCACCAACUUCUUCUUCCCUGUGCAGGGGCCAACAGCCGAGGUCAGGGAGGGGAGGAGCUUCAGCGCCGGCCCGUCAAUACCCAACAGAGUGGUGGCUAAAAAGUCUCCUAAACUGUGGCCCAGGAGAAACUCUCACGUCACACCACUCAAUGGACCGGCGCCUUCGUACGCCGAAUGGCCUCUGGUGGGUUUUGAUCCACUCGAGGACUUUAGCAAACUUCAUGACCACUAUGGCCAGGAGGUGAAGAAAGCCAGAGAGGAAUGGCUGAGGAGUCGCCGAGCAGAAGAGGCACACGUUGAUGAAGAUCUCAUCGACCUGGGGUGAUGGAAAACCCACAGCCCGCUACCAUUUAAGAGGAAGUGAAAUAAUGUGUCAAAAAGGAACUGAGCCUGAAGAGUUGUGGGUUUAACUGUACAUUUAAGAACAGAGAGUUUGAGGCCCAGACACCUGUACAUGUGAGAAAUGUUCCUCCAUUUCAUAUGAUCAGGUUAGAUCAUAUCAUAUAUCAUCAAAGAAGCAGCUGGAGUCUGCACAUCUGCACCUUUUGGGCCAUUAAGCAAUUAUUCACAUUGUGCAAUUAAUAAGUUUGUGCAUGGUAUAAAAAUACCAUAAGCAAAGAGUAUUAUAUUAUGUUCUUUAACUGAAAACAUCUAUUCUGUCAAUCUAGGUCCUUUGAGACAAACAUUUCUUUCUAGUUCAGAGCUGUUUGAAGAAUCGCAAAUCCAUCAUAACACAAAUAGUGUAAUUUACUUGUCAAGAUGUCAUGGAAAAGGCCCUCUAUUCUUAUUUGAUCUGCUACCUCGAACUGGAACACCUGCUACUAAUUGCGUUGAGGAUAUUUCUGUACAUUUCCCUGCUGAGCAGGUUAGAAUUCAAAUUACGCCAUUUAAAAGCUGAAUCUAUGGCAUAGACUGUCUGAUGCAGGACCAAGCAAAGAGUAUUAUAUAUUUAUAAUUGAAUGAAAAAUAAAUAAAUAGUUGACUUAAA